AUGAGGCAGCUGUGGCUCUUUCAGUUCAUCCUGGUGGCUGUGCAGUGUCCCGGCUGGCAGUGUUUCGAGUUGCAGUUUCUUCAGCAACUGGAGGCCGAGCUGCAUUUUGAGUAUGUUCUGCUGCUGGGAAAUUCUGAGCCCAUUUGGCUGAAGAGUCUAUGGCAGCUGCCGGUGUCUGUCAUUCAGAUUGACGAGCAGUUCCCGCACGUGAACUAUAAUCUGAGCAAACAUCAUGCGAAGAACUUUCUGAGCAUUGGUUUUGUGGGUGACGACUUCCCCGAGGCAUUGCUCGAGGCUAUCCACUUGAAUUUGAGAAUGCUGAACACUGUUCCGAUUCUUUUCGUGAUGAGAAAUCAAAAGAUGCGAGUGCAAACACUGCUGGAAUGGUGCUGGCUGCAUGAGUUUCUCAAUGUGCAGUUUAUUUAUGAGGAUUUUGAGCAACCUGGCCACAUCCUGUACAGCUACACUCCGUUUCCCAUUCUGCAGUUUAUUGAGAGACGCCUCGAGAAUACCACCCUGCUGUUCCCUCCACGAAUGACGGAUCUACAUGGAUAUCAGCUACCCUUUGUGGUGGGCGGAUCUGCGCCUCGUCUAAUCGUGUACCGAGGGUCCGAUGGAGAGCUAAUGUACACCGGGUUUGUUGGCAAUCUGAUGAAGUGCAUCGAGCAGCGGUUCAAUUGCCGUCUGGUGCAGCCUCAUCCGUUCAAUGAAUCCGCCAUACCGCCAGCCCUGCAACUCAUUGGAGCAGUGCGCAACGGAAGUGCCGAGUUUGCUCUGGCGGCCAUCUAUCCUCAGUGGCCCUUUGCCGGCUAUACCUAUCCCUUCGAGCUGAUGAGCUGGUGCCUGAUGAUGCCUGUACCGGAGGAGAUUCCACGCAGAGAGCUGUACACCUUGGUAUUUGAAUGGCCCGCCUUUCUGCUCACUCUCCUCGCGCUGGUGGCCAUCUCUCUGGUGUUGGGCAUGGCCCUGAGGCUCCAUGGGUAUCGUGUGCGGGCCAAUGAGUUUGUCCUGCACAACAGCUGCCUGAGGGGACUGCUGGGCCAGUCCUUUGCGGAGGUUUUUCACGCCCCUCCCCUGGUGCGUGGCAUCUACCUGGAGAUCAGUGUGCUGGGGAUUCUGAUUGCCGCCUGGUACAACUCCUACUUCUCCGCUUACGUGACGAGUGCACCGCUGCGGCCACCAUUUACCAGCUACGACAGCAUUGCCCGUUCCCAAACGAAGAUCGUGGUUUGGACCGCUGAGUACCGAAUACUUGAAUUGAACUUCUUCAGCAGCAUGGAGAAGUAUGAGUCCAUAUUUCACUUCGAGCCGGACUACAAGCAGUUCAUAGAGCUGCGCGACUCCUUCAAUACCAAAUAUGGCUAUAUGCUGCCGCUGGAGAAGUGGCUGCUGAUCAGCCAGGAGCAGAAGGUCUUCAGUUCUCCCCUGUUCACCAUGCAGGAGGAGCUCUGCUUCUUCCGCGCCAUUCCCAUUGUCUUUCCCAUCAAGGAGAACAGCAUCUUCCAGGAGGCCCUGAACCGCCUCAUCCUGGAAUCGCUGGCCACGGGUCUAAUUAAUCACUGGCGGGAAAUGGCCUUCACGGAGAUGAUCAAGGCGGGUCAGAUGAGCCUGGUCGAUCGGGGCAAGCCCAAGGAGUUUCGCGCCAUGCAACUGAUGGACUUGCAACAGAUUUCUCUGGGCUUUGCUUUGAUGAUGGCUGCGGCUGCCCUGGUGUUUCUUUUGGAGCUUAUGUGGUUCUAUCGUCAGCAAAUUAGGGACAGAGCUAGGAAGUUUGUAUGCUAA